UUCCAGAUCAACUCAAAAUACAGCGAAGAGCUGGCCCAAGAAUGCUUAGAGUGGAUCAAGAUCGUCACUGGUGAACCCAUCAACACAGCCGGUGAUAUGGACAACUUUUUUGAAGUGCUUAAGGAUGGUGUACUGCUAUGCAAAUUGGCCAAUGCACUGCAACCGGGCUCAAUCAAGAAAGUCAACGAAAGCAAAAUGGCAUUCAAAUGCAUGGAGAACAUUUCCGGUGAGCAAUGAAAAUACAUACAUACAUAC